GAGAGCGAGCGAGAGAGAGAGAGAGAGUGUGUGUGUGUGUAUUUGGUCACUAGGACGGUAUGUGCGGUGCCCCAAAGGCAGUCCUGAACGGGCGGUAGCUCAAGGAGAGAGAGGAGCGUCCGCUAUUACGGUGGAGGCCCUUGGGGUGAACUUUUCACUUCAUUUCACUUCUGUUUAGAGUGACUUUUUCCUUCUUUCCUUUCCUGCGUCUCUCCCUGGUCGGACGGUUGGUGGAAUGGCAGAGAAGCGACGCUCCCCGUGCACUCUGAGCGUCAAGGCGCACGCGUUCUCGGUGGAAGCUCUGAUCGGGUCGGAGAAGAGACCGAAGCUCGGGGAGGACGACACUAGAGUGUGCUUUCUCGAGGAGGUCACGGAGGUGUUGGAGCUGCCCAGUAACGGAGGGGAGAGAGAGGAGAGGGCGUGCAACCGCGCCAGCGACCGGGGCAGUGAGAUAGAGUGCGUUAGUGACGGCUCGCUGGAGAGCUGUGACAUGCUGUUGGAAAGCCCCGACCCGGAGGCCCAAGCCCAGCGCGCGCCACCGGUAACAGUAACGGUUCCCGGAGAUGAGAUGCGCGUGGACUUGCAGGGCUCCGACCUGUGGAAACGGUUUCACGAGAUCGGUACAGAGAUGAUAAUCACGAAGGCGGGCAGGCGGAUGUUCCCCGCUAUGCGCGUGAAGAUCUCGGGUCUGGACCCUCACCAGCAGUACUACAUUACCAUGGACAUCAUCCCCGUGGACAACAAACGAUACAGGUACGUGUACCACAGCUCCAAGUGGAUGGUCGCGGGAAAUGCGGACUCCCCAGUGCCGCCGCGUGUGUACAUCCACCCGGACUCUCCGGCUUCUGGUGAAACGUGGAUGCGUCAGGUGAUCAGCUUCGACAAACUCAAACUGACCAAUAACGAACUGGAUGACCAGGGACAUAUCAUCCUCCACUCCAUGCAUAAGUACCAGCCGCGUGUGCACGUGAUUCAUAAGGAGCGCGGCGAGGAUCUGUCUCCUAUUAGAGCCGUUCCCCAGGGAGACGGAACCAGAACUCUCAGCUUCCCAGAGACUGUCUUCACAACCGUCACCGCAUACCAGAACCAACAGAUCACCAGGUUGAAGAUUGACAGGAACCCAUUUGCUAAAGGCUUCAGAGACUCAGGCAGAAACCGGAUGGGUCUGGAGGCUCUCGUAGAAUCCUAUGCUUUCUGGCGUCCGUCUCUAAGAUCCCUGACAUUUGAAGACAUCUCUGGAAUUAAGCAAGGAGCCCCGGGGCCCCAUGGAGGUGUUGGAUCGCCUCACCUGCUCUCCUCCUCUCCUUGCUCCUCCCCCUUCCAGGUGUGGCCUCUCUCUCCCCCGGACUACACCUGCAGCCGGCCGACACACACACCCCUACAUCGCUACAGUAACCUCCCCGAGCCCUUCCCCUCUCCUACGUCGCGAGGACCGUCAGCCUAUGACAGCGAAGGAUUCUGCUCUAUGUCCCUCCCUCCCUCUCAGAUUGGCUAUCUACAAAACCCCGCCCACCAGGGUUACGGAAGUCUCCGCCUCCAUUCCCCCCCUUACGGUCUCUACGGUUACGCCUUCCCCCCCUCCCCCCGCCUCGUUGCCAGCCCAGACAAGAUGGCGGCUGCUUCUGCCGCUGCAGCCAAUCAGAACCCUUUUCUCGGCUCCUCACCCAGCGGAACCCUGGCGGACAGUCUGGGCAUGCUCAGUGGAGGGCAGCAGGCCAACUUCCUGUUUGACUCUCGGACGCUGGGAAUGACUGGCAGCCAGUCGGGGGGAGGGGCUUCACAGGUCGCUACCCACAUGGGCUGAGAAAUACUCCGACCCUGACCCCCAGGGUUGCUAUCGCACAUAGCUGCUGCUCCGGGUAGGGGAUGGGUUUGGAACUCUGGAAUAAAUCACCAGCCAAUGAGGAUUGAUGAGACAUCUCACAGACCUAUGGGGAGACAGAGAGAGAUGGAGAGAUGGAGAGAGAGAGAGGAAACAGAGCAAGACAGCUUUAGUGACGUUUGUGUGAGCGCUAAGAAAGAUAAAGAGAGAGAACAACUCUGCUGACUAACGGGAUAUUGUUGUUGUUGUUGUUAUUAUUAAAGGACUAAAUAAACAGAAGCUUCUGAGAGACUGAAACAGCUGCGUUGGAGAGGAUCUGGGGGUCUGGUUCAAGUCUGGAGUCCCGAGAGAAUAAACACACCCGACCGACCAACAAGCCGCGGGGGCUGGAGAUUCAACAUCUAGAAGAAUCUGGAUAUAAACACUACAAGCACUUCAGCACCUGUGGUCUCCUAUACAGCCUCUCUGAACAGUUACAACCUCACACAGCUCCUAGGAACAGAGUUUACACAGUGAGAGGCAUACUGAGAUAUAUGAAAGGUGUUAUAAAGGAUGUAUGACUGUAUUCCCAUGCCAAAGAUACAGUUUCAGUCAAUCUGCAAUGUCUCCCUAUUCCUUAUGUAGUGCACUUCUCCUGGCUGGAAACCUAUAAAACUGCCUUAUGAAGCUCUGGCCUAAAGUAGUGCACUAUAUAGGGAAUAGGGCUUACGUCACACGUUGUGUUUGUGUGGCAUGUUUUAACUAUUUGACUUAAAUGUGUUAUAACUGCUUAUAACCUUUAUACAUAACGAACUGUGUUAAUGGUGGGUCACGUGACCUAACGCACUUACUGCCGACACACACACACACACACACACACACACACACACACACACACACACACACACACACACACACACACACACACACACACACACACACACACACACACACACACACACACACACACACACACACACAUACUGCCAACACACAGCGUUCUUCCUGGCCUCUGGCACUGUGACGGACAAUCAGCUUCAUGAGCCAAAAAAAACAAUAAAAAGUAUAAUACUGUUACACAGAGAA